AUGCUGCCCAGCAAGCGUUUGUGUCUCUGGUUCUGUGUGUUUGUACCUUUCUUUAAAGGCUGCUCGGGCUGCGCCGCUGAGGAGAGGCUGUUUCGCAGACUCUUCGCCCACUACAACCGGCUCAUCAGGCCCGUGGAGAACGUCUCUGACCCUGUCACGGUGCACUUCGAAGUGGCCAUCACGCAGCUGGCCGACGUGGAUGAAGUAAACCAGAUCAUGGAAACCAACUUGUGGCUGCGUCACAUUUGGAAUGAUUAUAAAUUGCGCUGGGAUCCAAUGGAAUAUGACGGCAUUGAGACGCUGCGUGUUCCUGCGGAGAAGAUCUGGAAGCCCGACAUCGUUCUCUAUAACAAUGCUGUUGGUGACUUCCAAGUCGAAGGCAAGACAAAAGCUCUUCUUAAAUACAAUGGCACGAUAACCUGGACCCCACCAGCGAUUUUUAAGAGUUCCUGUCCUAUGGAUAUCACCUUUUUCCCUUUUGACCAUCAAAAUUGUUCCCUAAAAUUUGGUUCCUGGACAUAUGACAAAGCUGAAAUUGAUCUUCUAAUCAUUGGAUCUAAAGUGGAUAUGAAAGAUUUUUGGGAAAACAGCGAGUGGGAAAUAGUUGAUGCUUCUGGCUACAAGCAUGACAUAAAAUACAACUGUUGCGAAGAGAUAUACACAGACAUAACUUACUCUUUUUACCUUAGAAGACUGCCGAUGUUUUACACCGUUAACCUGAUCCUCCCCUGUCUAUUCAUUUCGUUUCUAACCGUGUUGGUUUUUUAUCUUCCUUCGGACUGCGGCGAGAAAGUGACCCUUUGCAUUUCAGUCCUGCUUUCCCUGACGGUGUUUCUGCUGGUCAUCACAGAAACCAUCCCGUCCACAUCGCUCGUGGUCCCGCUGGUGGGAGAGUACCUGCUGUUCACCAUGGUCUUUGUCACCCUGUCCAUCGUGGUGACAGUGUUUGUGCUGAACAUACACUAUCGCACCCCAGCCACGCACGCCAUGCCCGGCUGGGUGCAGAAGGUUUUCCUCCGGCUGUUGCCGCAGCUCCUGAUGAUGAGGAAGCCCCUGGCCAGGACCAGGGCGACGGGCUCGGGCACAGUCCCCAGAGGCGUUUCUAGGAGGCCUGCCAGAGUCAAAUUUGCCAGCCGUGGAGACCCCAACCCCCUCAAAGAAUGCUGCCACUGUCACAAAUCAAGAGAGCCGGCCACCAGCAGGAGAAGAUUAAGUCAUCAGCCUUUACAGAGGGUGGCUGAAAAUUCAGAGCACUGGCCUGAGGUUGAAGAUGUGGUUAACAGUGUUCAGUUCAUAGCAGAAAACAUGAAGAGCCACAACGAAACAAAGGAGGUGGAAGACGACUGGAAGUACGUGGCCAUGGUGGUGGACAGAGUGCUCCUCUGGGCGUUUGUGGCUGUCUGUGUGUGUGGGACCGUAGGGCUCUUCGCACAGCCGCUGCUCGGGGACACAGGGAGACCUUAAGCUGAAUUUCCCUUUUCUGUCCAGACAUUUGUGGACACCGUGUCUGUUCUGUGUUCCCUGCCGCAGGAGAGGGGCUCAAAGCUUCCCACCCGAGCCCCCGUCCAAACUCUCAGCUGGGUGGACGAAGAGCACUUUACUGGCAGUGAGGGGCUCAGUGUCCUGCGCAGCAGGGGGAGGACGCCAGGAUGUUGUGGGACGCCGGAGCCCAGAGCCGGCGCCACAGGCCGAGUGCCAGGUCAGGCUCCUCUUGUCUGUCCAUGCCUGGCUUCCUGGGACACGAGUGGCUUGUCACGCAGCCUUACGGUGCAACGAGCUUCAGGCUGUGCUGAGCGAGGCCCGUGUGCUGCCUGUCAGCCCAGUGACGCAGGGGGGGCUCUGCCGGUCGGACCCUGCUGGCAUUGGCGGCACCGUGGACCACGGCGGCCUUGCUCUCUCCUGCACGUGUCUGUGGCGUCACUCACCCUCCCCGGCGCUGACGCAUUAAUUGGUUCAAAAGAAUCCCACACGGUCAGCGUCUACCUUGGCAGCCCGUGUUUAGUGGCACUCAGCCCGCGGGACCGUGGGGGACCCAGCGCUGUGCGAGGCGCUGCAGGCGGAGCAGACGCGGGUUCCCUCCCCACGUGCUCGCGGCCUCCCGGGAAAGGCCAUAGGUGGGAAGAUCUGCAGGACCCCGCGUCCGCGGGGACUGUCGCCAGAGCGACGCAAGUGGGAGAGCGGACGGGGUGCGGCCGGGGGGACCCGAGCCGUCCUUUGCUGUUGAAGAAAGACGUCCUUCUAGUCUUUUCUCGUCAGUAGUGUUCCCCUGUUCAUUGUA